AGCACCGAAAAUCCUUCCUCGCUGGUAUCUCUCACGGUCUCACCCAGUUCGGAAGAGAUUUCUGGAGUCUAGGGUUUUGUCUCUGUUUCUAAUCCAUGUUCCCGCCGAAUUUUCUUCAAGUUCUCUCUGAUAGCGCACCGAUUUGAGCGCUUUACUCGCCAUUUUUGUCUUCUUAUCUACUGUUUUCUGCGAUUGGUUUCUUCAAUUGGAAGCUAGAGUUUCAAUUAUGAUCAGCUUCUUGCCCAUUCGAUUCAGGUUCGUCGCUACUUCGAUCUCGAUUUCUCUAAAUCUUCGUGUUUUUGGCCCUGGUUUGAAUCCUUUUGCACCAUACGGCAUGGCCUCCGCUUCUCGCUAAUUGCUUCUGGAGGGGUGAAUUCCUUGGAAACAUGUAAAUCCGUCGAAUCUGAUCUCUGAUAUCUUUAUUCGAUCGUAAGUAAGAUUUAGUCGGAUUUAAAUAUCUCUUGGCAUCUUCAGAGUUGAUCUAAGAAAUUUAUUGAAACUUAAAAGGUCUCGUUAGGAGGAUUUGUUGUGCUUUUGUUGAACUUGAAACUGGAUUAAAAUAUGCCACAAGAACUAGAACAGGAAGGUUCGCUUCGGCGAAGUAGACGCUAUUUUAGGUCUUCUGUUGAGAGGGAUGAUCGAGGGUGGACUCUGCUUCACAUUGGUGCUCGGAAAGGAGAUCUCAAGGAGGUGAAGCGACUUCUGGAUGGAGGCAUGGAUGUUAAUGUGUCUGCAUGUGGCCCAAAAUCACAGGGUGUGACCCCUCUCCACCUUGCCGCUCACGGUGGCCACCUCAAAGUCAUGGACGAGUUGCUUGAGCGUGGAGCAAACAUUGAUGCAAGAACAAAGGGUGCUUGUGGUU